CAAGGAGGAAGGAGAAGGAAAGAGUGAAAAUAAAGAAAGCAGCGAAUGUCCACCUGGCGGCUCCAGCGCCAGUAGUGGUCGUCCCCAGCGCAUCCGCAGAGGAUCCUCCCUUCCAGGCUCAAAACCACCCUCCUCCUCCCUCUCCUCCACACCCACACACUCUUCUUGACUCCUCCCCUCGCGAACCCAGCCGAGACCAUACUAGGGAGAUCUUGAUCUUGGUCUUGAUCUUGAUGACGUCUUCUGCGGCGGAGGGGAAGGAGAAGGGGGCGUGCGAGCUGUGCGGGGCGGCGGCGAGGGUGUACUGCGGGGCGGACGAGGCCACGCUCUGCUGGGGCUGCGACGCGCAGGUGCACGGGGCCAACUUCCUGGUGGCGCGCCACGCCAGGGCGCUGCUGUGCCGCGGCUGCGCCAGGCCCACGCCGUGGCGCGCCGCCGGGCCCAGGCUCGGCCCCACCGCCUCGCUCUGCGACCGCUGCGUCCGCCGCGGGGGCGGUGGGGGUGGGCGUGGGGGUGGGGGUGGUGGGGGCGAUGAGGUGAUGGGCGGCGGGGACGGCGAUGGCGUGGACGGCGAGGAGGUGGUCGUCGAGGGCGAGGAGGAGGACGAGGACGAGGACGACGACGAGGAGGAAGAAGGGGAGGGGGAGAACCAGGUGGUUCCGUGGGCGGAGGAGGCGGAGGCCACGCCGCCCCCCGUCGCGAGCUCCACCUCGAGCAGCAGCCGGGAGGCCGCCGCCAACGGCGCGAAUGCCGCCGACCACGCCAAGGAGGACCAGCCGUGCUCGACGUCCCAGCCGAGCUUGCGCCGGUACGCGUCGUCGGCUCGCCACGGUGGCCGGAGCGACGAGGCCACGUCCUCCCGGAACGGCACGGGCGGCCGCUUCCUCGCCCCCCGGCAUAGGAAGAGAUCGCCUUCGGAUUUCCGCAGGUCGGGGUCGGCGCAGUCGGGGAGCGGCACGCAGGGGAGGAAUUGCUCCAAUGCGGCCAUCGGCCGAAAUGACUUUUCCUGAGGCAACUCGAAACGAUGAUGUAGAUGCUGAUGCUAACUACAUUAGAAGGUCACUUUUAGUGUAUCCAAGCAUUGGGGAGAUAUGGAUCACUGCAAGUUCAAACCUCCACUGAGCACACAUCUUUUCCAUCAACAACUUGCAGAGUUGAGUUAUCAAGCAGCCAUCCCAGAACUUGGUAGUAUUCAUAAUUGCGACGGCUUGCUGGAGCUUGUAUAUGUGCCCCCACACUACUUUCAUGUGUUUAAUCCUUUUUCUCCUUUUUGUUUGUGGAUGAGGAGUGCUGGCUAACUUAAGACAUGAUAUAGGUUCUUGUUCGCAGUGCAAUUCUUCCAUGGUUUCACUGUCUGAAUGGUUCCAUUGUGCCUUAUGUUCAGUCUCACAACUCACAAGCUUGUUCAGAGAUCAGAAUCUUGGCUGAAAUGUGUUGAAAUCUGUAAAUUUGAGGGGUUUUGAAUUUGCAUAGCUCACAUAGUUAAUGGAGCAUGAAAGAAAUACACAUCACCCUGCAAUUUGCACAAAAUGCCUUGUAUAUUCCACUACACUUACCUCAAUUCCAGGUAGGAUCUAUAGGAUUAGGAUGAGGUUCCUGUACAGAUACUUAUGUGGUCAAUUCAGUGUGUUCUUAAAUGGAAAAAUCCGGCUUGGUGGGGAAAAUGGAUAAGUAACCUCUUUUGAAAAA